GUUACGCCAUUGGAUUCAUAGUCCCGGAUGACAAUAAAGUGGGUGCCAGAACUGGCUUCGACAUAAAAACGCAAACAUUAUACGGGAGUGUGAAGACGUACUAUCCCAAUACGUGGUGGACCUAUGUGACUAUUGUCAACAACGCGACUCUGAAGGCCGGAGACUUCGUUGUGCACACACUGCAAUACACUUAUCCUUCUAAGAAUCUGGCAUAUGAGUCUGAAAUGCGAUUCGCCGUGAAUGGAACAUGGGCAAAUAUCUACGAUAUCCCGCAAUACUACUUUAAAGAAGCCGGGGCGAAGAAGCUUGGGAGGUACGUGUUUAACAAUCAGGAUACUUCUGACAAUAUUACGGUGCUGGAGCAUCACUUCGUGUACGAUGGAAUCACCGAAGUCAUGCCGAAACACGCAGAUAUCCCAAGGAUUUCUGUAUACGACGAAUGUUAUCCUCGGCUUUCCGACAUCAGCGCCGGGGGAUCCGCAGUAAUCGUUGGAUCAUAUAUUCCGACCGAUCCGGCUACAGACGGGAUUAUGAUCGGCUACUACCAGACCAAGAAAAACUUUCACGUGUUCAGCGAGUACAAGGUGACGGGUGUGGAGGUCAUCUUCAAUAUCACGGUGACCAACUUCCUCUUUUCCAUAGCAACGAAAGACAAAAGAGUGCUACUGAAUGACGACUUGGUCAGCGACGGGUGGUACUCGCUGAUCGUUCAAAACAUCAACAUCAAAAACAUGGAAAUCCACACCGGCUCAAAACCUCAUUUAUAUGUAGCUCCAAAAGCAGAUUGUUUGAAGGGCACUAAAGACGUUUGUUAGAACCAUCAAUAAACGUGUUUUUUCUUUGGGGGGGGGGGGGG